AAAAGUAAAAAAGGUUCGAAAUCACAAUAAGUGGGGGAUAAAAACCCUAAACACAACCACCGUCCUCAACCACCAUGGCAGAGCGUGACCGCCGCGAACGAGAGAGGGAUAGAGACCGUGAGCGCGACCGCGAUAGACGCCGUGACAGAGACGACCGUGACCGUGACCGUGGGAUUCGAAGCAAGAAGUCCCGAUCUCGUACUCCAGACCACCACCACCACGCUCGCCCUCCUCGCCACGUGCGCUCUCCCGAGAGGUAUCGAUCCCGGUCCCGCUCCGCUGACCGUGACCGUCAUCGCCACCACAGCAGGCGCAGGACUCCCUCUCCAGAUCCCCCGCCGCGGAAACGGCCUCGCCAUGGCUCAGCGGAAGACGACAAGGAAAGGAGUCGCAAACGAGAGGAGACUGCGACGGAGCAAGCUAAGAAGAAGGAGAAUAAAGAACCAAGCGGCGGCGGAGGAGGAGAAGCGGAAACGGAUGUGAAUGAGAUAGAGAUGAUGAAGAUGUUAGGGAUCCCUACUGGUUUCGACUCCACGAAAGGGAAGCAUGUCGAAGGCGCUGACGUCAGCGGGAUUAGGGCUGUUACCAAGCGCCAGCCGAGGCAGUACAUGAACCGUCGCGGUGGCUUUAACCGUCCUUUGCCUGCUGAGCGUAACCGCUAAAGGUCCUUGUCAAUGCUGUCUUAAACACGAGGUCAGAUGAUGAGAGUUCGAGCUUGUAUUUACUGCAAUUCUUCCCCAGACGCUGUUCUAAUGUCCUUAGAGAACAAACAUGUACUCUCUGGAGUUAGAAACAUCUUAUCUCUUUUUAGGGGUUUAGAGUUGUGAAUGAUGUUAUGUGUAUUAAUUUCCCGGCUCUAACUUUUAGACUAUGAUUUAGUUGAGUUUUGCACUAUACAGUAAGCAAAGUGGGAAUUCCAAAAUUA